GAUGGCUAUUCAGGAUCCCACGAAAAGUUCUGAAGAGACCGAGAAAGGACAGGGCUCCCUCUUCUGUUUGCAUCAUGACAAGAAACUUGAUGAGUGCGUGCAGAAUGUGGACAUUUCAAAUGGUUUGGCCUGGUCCAGCGAUCGCAAAACAAUGUAUUACAUCGAUUCGCUGACGUAUGGAGUGGAUGCUUUUGACUACAACAUCAAAACCGGUGAAAUUGCAAACAGACGGCAGGUCAUCAAGGUCCCUCAGUCAGACGGUAUCCCGGAUGGCAUGUGUAUCGAUACUGAGGAUAUGCUGUGGGUAGCCAUUUUUGAUUGAUGGUCCGUUAACAGAUAUAACCCUAAAACAGGUGAAAAACUUCGAUCCAUCAAAUUCCCAACCAAGAACAUCACAAGCUGCUGUUGGGGCGGGCCCAAUCGUGACGAACUCUACGUGACGUGUGCAAAACAUUUUCUGAAUGCAGACGAACUCGAAGUACAGGAUACUGCUGGCUCACUCUUCCGGGUCACUGACCUUGGGGUCACAGGGGUCAAGUGUGACGUAUUUAAAGAUAUUUAAUGGUGCUUUGCAUACCUUAUAGGUUUAGCAUGCCCAGAAUAGAUGCUCCGAU